AUGUCGCCCUACAAUCCAGCCUGCUACCUCCCUCAUUCAUGGUCGUCCCGUCUUCCCACGGCGCUCGCAUGCCCUCCGCCGCCGUCCUUCUUCACAAACGUCUACAACUACGCGACCUCGCCUUUCUGGUCGACCUACACGACGCUGCGCACGAUGAUGGACGCCAUCAUCGGCCUGCCGAUGCUGAGCUUCCUCCUCAUCCCGACCUUCUCGUCGUACUCGACGUCGCUGAACCUCCUGUUCUUCUAUCUCACAUGGUCGACGCUCGUGCUGUCGCACCCGCCGCUGCGCGUCGAGCUCGUCGCGACGCUGGCGGUCAAGACGCUCUUCUACAUCCUCCCGUCGGCGUUCUUCGUGCUCUUUGACGCCCUGCUCCCGUCGGCCGCCGAGAGCUUCAAGGCCCUGGGCGACGCGGCCCUCCCGUUCAAGAACGCCAGCGGCCAGCGCACUGCGCGCACGCUGCGCGUCCUGGGGUGGUCGGUUCUCAACACGCUCCUCGGCGUCGGCGUGCAGGCGCUGGUCGAGGUGCUCUUCACGCGCGUCCUGCUGGUCCGCUCGGCGUUGCGCGUGACGACGACGCUGCCGCUGCCCUUUGGCAUCGUCAAAGACCUCGCCAAAGGCUACCUCCUGCGCGAGGUUUUCGCGUACGUCCUGCACCGGUACGUGCUGCACGAGUCGCGCAACGGCCUCGCGCAGGCGCACAACCGGUGGUACCACUCUCUCGACACCCCGUUCCCGCUCUCCGGGAGCUACGACCACCCGCUCGCCUACCUGGUGCGGUCCUUCCUGCCGACGUACCUCCCUGCGCUGCUGUGCCGCUUCCACCUCAUCACCUACGUCAUCUACGUGUCCAUGGUGUCGCUCGAGGAGACGUUCGCCUACAGCGGCUACAGCACCGUGCCGACAAACUUCGUCCUGGGCGGCAUGGCCAGACGCACCGACACCCACGUCAUGUGUGACGGCCAGGGCAACUACGGCCCGUGGGGUCUCGUCGACUGGCUCAUGGGCACGAGCGUGGGGCAGGACGUGCUCGACGACGUCGCCCUGGAGGCCGAGAAGCACGACGUGCCCGCCCGGGUCGAGGGCGCGAAGCGCAAGGCCUCGCGCAAGGUCAGUGGGAAAAUAGAGGAGGCAAAGAGCAUGCGCCCGCGGAGGAGGACCAGGCAACGGAGUAGCAGUUGA